AUGCCGACUGGUGAUUUCCACCACAGCCCUUCUGUCAAGCGGAUUGUUGUCACCUCGUCUGCUGUCUCGAUUCUCAAUAUCAUCUCAAACAAAGCUCCUCAUCACUAUAGGGAAGAAUCUUCGAACAUCGACUCGGUUCCUUAUAUCGAAGAGCACGGCACAGAGGACGGAGGGCUCCAUGCUUACUAUGCCAACAAGGCCAUCGCAGAGAGAGCGCUCUGGGGAAACGAGGAACCCACCUGGGAUACUUCCACUAUCAACCCUGUUCUCGUCUCUGGCAAGGCCAUCCAUCAAUGCGACAAGGUGGAAGAUCUCAAUGCCUCUGUCGGUGCGCAACUUUUCUCUCUCAAGCAAGUCAUGUCGGAUCCUCUCUUAACUAUGACAUAUCAGUGGGCUUCUGGACAAAGGUCCGAAAGCGAUUUGCUAGCACAAGCAGGCCCUUGGGUAGACGUCAAAGAUGUCGCUCUCGCCCAUGUUCGCGCUCUCACCACUCCAGAAGCCGGGGGAGAGAGGUCUCUCCUCAGUGUUGCCAACGCUGCAGGUCAGGACUUUGUCGACUCUAUACACAAACACUUCCCAGAUAUCAAAAAUGUGCCCGUUGGUCGGCCUGGGAUUAGCGCCACUGUCAACGAGCAGCAAAUUCAUAUUGAUGGUCGAAAGGCUGAGAAGGUACUUGGGAUCAAGUAUACGAAUCUUGAGGAUUCUGUCAAGGAUCUAUUCGAGAGCAUAAGAAAAAGGGUUGGCACCAUAUAG